AUGGAAAGAAGCCUGAAGAAUGUCCUGGUGCUUUCCUUUGGAUUUCUGCUUCUCUUUACUGCCUACGGAGGUCUGCAGAGUCUGCAGAGCAGCCUGUACAGCGAGGAGGGCCUGGGGGUGGCGGCGCUCAGCACGCUCUAUGGUGGGAUGCUGCUGUCCUCCAUGUUCCUGCCGCCCAUCGUCAUUAAGAAGCUCGGCUGCAAGUGGACCAUCGUCGUCGCCAUGUGCUGCUACGUGACCUUCACCCUGGGCAACUUCUAUGCCAGCUGGUACACACUGAUCCCCACUUCCACCCUGCUGGGACUGGCAGCGGCCCCGCUGUGGUCUGCGCAGGGCACCUACCUCACCAUCAUGGGAAACGCCCACGCAGAGAAGACAGGAGAGGUUGGCCAGGACGUGGUCAGCCAGUACUUUGGCACCUUCUUUUUCAUGUACCAGGCGUCUGGCGUGUGUGGCAACCUGAUCUCGUCUCUGGUGUUCGGCCAGACGCCCACUCAAGGGGCCAUCCCAGAGGAGCAGCUCCUGUCCUGUGGGGCCAGUGACUGCCUGAUGGCCACGGCGUCCACCAACAGCACAAACCGUCCCUCCCAGGAGCUGAUCUACACCCUGCUGGGCAUCUACACGGGGAGCGGCUUCCUGGCGGUCCUGGUCACCGCCGUGUUUCUGGAACCCGUAAAAGAUGCUCAGCAGAAAAGUGAGGGAGAGAAGCAAGCACCACCGUUCUGGUCCACUUUGCUGUCGACGAUCAAGCUGUUCAGAGACAAGCGCCUGUGCCUCCUGGCGCUGCUGCCACUGUACUGCGGGUUCCAGCAAGCCUUCCUGGCCGGCGACUACACGCGGUCCUACGUCACCUGCGCCCUGGGGAUCCAGUUCGUGGGCUACGUGAUGAUCUGCUUCUCAGCUGUCAACGCACUGUGCUCCGUGCUGUAUGGGAAGCUGGCCCAGUACACGGGCAGGACCGCUCUCUUCGCGUUGGGUGCCGCGACCCACAUGUCUUGCAUCAUCGCCCUCCUGCUGUGGAAACCUCACCCCCGCCAGCUGCCUUUGUUCUUUGCAUUUUCGGGCCUCUGGGGGGCGGCCGACGCCGUCUGGCAGACACAGAACAAUGCUCUUUUCGGGGUCCUGUUUGAGAAGAACAAGGAGGCCGCCUUUGCCAGUUACCACCUGUGUGAAGCCCUGGGCUACGUCAUCGCGUUCGGAUACAGCAUGUUUCUGUGUGUCAGCGUCAAACUCUACGUCCUCCUGGGCAUCCUGAGUCUGGCCAUGGCGGCAUAUGGAACUGUCGAGUAUCUGGGGUCCAAGAAGGUGGAGCUGCUCACCAAAGAGCAGACAAAACCAGCUGAGGAAGGAGUAACACAGACAAAAACGUGA